AAUUAUAUUAAUAUGCAUAAACAUGGGAAGAGGUUACAGAUGGGAUCAUAAAAUCAAUAAUCUCUAAUGUCUCUUAAUUCAAAGAAUGCUAAUUAAGAAACAGAAAAACAAUAAGAUCAAUAUGAAAUAAUUUAACAAAGUUUUGAGAAUUCUAUGUAAAUGAAUGUAAAAGAUCACAUUGAUAAAUUAUUUGUAAUGAAUAAUUAUAUAAAAAUAGAAUAUUUUAAAUAGAAUAAAGGAUGAUUUAAAGGUUAGCAGAGAUGAUAUGAAUGUAAUAAGAGAGGAAUUACAUAAGAUGAAAUCUAAUCAAUAUAGAGAGGAAGAUUAAAUAACAAAAGCAUUACUUUAAGAUGUAAAAUGAAUUAUAAUUUAGAUAAAUAAACAAAAUAGUGAGUUAAAUAAAUAAAAAAUUGAUACACAAACAGUUUAUGGAAGUCUCAAUAUGCAAAUCUCAAGUUUAUAUUGCGAUAAAGAUUUUCUAAAUGGAAAUACUACUAAGGUUGAAUUGGAUACAAAUAUGGUGGAAACUCAUGUAGGUUUUAGAAGAGUUUAUGAUUGAAU